GUCACAUCCAGACAGACGACCUCUUGUAAAACCAUGGCAGUACUACCCUCAACAUAUCUCAUCUUCGUGAGCUACUUUGGGAGGUUAAUGAAUCAAUUUAUCAUCUCCAGUGAUAACUGCUCACCUUCUGUCUACUUUCAAAACAACAUGGCCUGUGUUGAUUAUGACCACUGCGAUAUGGAUCAAGUCAUUCAAAUCAAAGACUGUUCAGGGGCUGUAGCGUGUCAAGAUGUACCUGUGGGUUUGCAAUGUCAAUGUGUCAAAGGAGAAAAUUCCUUUUUAGCAGAAUUUUCUAAUUUGUCACCAAGCUGCAGAGAGAUUGACCAGCAUUACAUCAACAGCACGAUGGUCUUGAAUUCUAAAUUUUGUCCACCUGGAUACUAUUUUGACAGGAGAAUGUUCUGCUUUGAGUGGGCUUGUGAUCUGCAAGAUGAUGUUACGAUUAACUGGUGCACGACAAAUAGACGAUGUUUCGAUGACCCUAAUUAUCUUUAUUGUAAAUGUAGGCAAGUGUUUCGAUCAAUUAAAGCACAGAUGGAUGCAAUUUCACAAAGGUGCACAGAUGUUGACGAGUGUCUUCAAAAUCCAUGUGGUUCUGAGCAAGUCUGCACAAAUAAACCUGGAAGCUACAGUUGUGAUAACAUCACCUGCAUUGAUCAGAAUCAAUUUAACACAUCACAGUGCAGUUUGAUUAGCUGGGACCAGCAGAUUCAGACUCCCUGGUAUACAUUCCACAAAUAUUGUUCUGCGGUUAAUUCGAUUGUUGUUCUUGUGAAUGAGCAGUGUCAGGCUCGGAAUGGUGAACCUCUAUUUCAGAAAAUUCUUUCCAUUGCAAACAAACUGCUAAGGAAUGACUCCUUAUGGGAGAACUUGGAAAAUGAAGAACGGUUUUAUUUGGCUUCUGUAUUCCUGAAAUCAAUGGAAAACACUGCAAUAGUUGCCAGUCUAGACUUACCUGAUCAAGGGAGGAGAAUUGUAUCAACUGAAAAUAUUGAUCUGGAAAUGCAAAACUUGCAAGGGAAAAGUGCUUCAGACCCUGAUAUAAUCAGACUCCAGACAAAGGGCACCUUUAUAGAUGUUAUUCGAAGUAGAAUCAACAGAGACAAAACAAUGGGGACAGAUAUUGCUGUGGCAGCUUUGAUCGCCUUCAGCAACAUGGAUUCCAUCCUGAAUAGAAGUGUUUACAAUCUUGGGACCACUGCCAGAAAACUAAAGCCAUUCGGAUUGAUUUCAGAUGUAUUUUCAGCAAUUAUAAUCAAUAACCACGGCAAUGGAUUUGACCAGAUGCUGAACUUCACUAUCAAACACACCAAGGAAACUAAGGUUGAUUCUGAAUUGCACUGUGUCAACUGGAAUUACGCACCUGGGAAAAGCUAUUGGUCUCCCAAAGGGUGCAUUAGGGGAGUUUCCAACGGGACUCAUACUCAGUGCCGAUGCAGUCAGCUCUCCAGCCUUGCUCUGCUGUUGACCCAUUUUGAAUGGCAGACAGAGCCUUUCGCCCUCACUGUCAUUACAUUUGUUGGAAUCCCUAUAUCGCUCAUAUGUCUUGCUGUUGCUUUUGGAAUUUUUGCGUUUUGGAAGGAUCUUAAGAACACGUUGACUGCCACCCACUUGCACCUGUGCCUGAAUCUCUUCCUGGCCGAGCUGCUCUUUCUAGCUGGAAUCAACCAAACCAAAAACCGGGUUGUGUGUGGGAUUAUAGCAGGAUUUUUACAUUACUUGUUCCUGGCUGCAUUUGUUUGGAUGUUUCUGGAGGGCGUCCAGCUCCAUGUCAUGGUCAGAAACAUCAGAAAAUUGAGGAUGACCCAUUUGGAAAAAACUGGGAAGUUCAUGUAUCCUCUUGGCUACGGGGUUCCUGCAGUAAUUGUGGCUGUUUCUGCUGCAGUGUAUUGCGAUGGCUAUGGGUCACCCAGGCACUGCUGGCUACAAACACAUAGAAGAUUCAUUUGGAGCUUCCUCGGGCCUGUUUGUGCAAUAAUUGGGAUCAACACAUUCCUUUUUCUCUUAACUCUUUGGUGUUUGAAAAACUCAGUUUCCAAGCGUGACAUUACAGUGUCAAAACUUCAAAACACAAGGAUGUUAGCAUUUAAAGCCAUCACGCAGGUGUUUAUCCUGGGCUGUAGCUGGAUUCUUGGCUUGUUCCACUUUAGUGAAGAAACCCUGGUAAUGGCCUAUUUAUUCACCAUUGUCAACAGUUUCCAGGGCACCUUCAUCUUCAUCAUCCUCUGUGUGUUAAAUCUCAAGGUGAGGGCGCAGUGCCAGAAAUGGUUUUCCAUGCUCUUCAAAACAAAGAGAAUCAUGUCGCCCAAGAACAUAGCCACAAUCAUGCCAAAGAAUACCAGAGUGAGCUCAGGGUUAUGAAGAACCUCCUCUUGUCUCACCCACCGUGUGAGAUAUAGACCUGACGGAAGAAGAAUCAUUCAUUCGCUUUGCUGCAGUGAUGUGGGUAGACUUUUCAUUGCUACUUGAAUUGACUGGUAUUUGUACCUGGGAGCAUAAGCAUUGCAGACAGGAAUCUCAUUUCUGGCAACAGAUGCAUGGAAAUACCACCCUCUGGAAGACCCCACCCCAAAUUUAGUGCUGUCAUAACAAGUGAUUAGGUUUUGGCCAUUCCUUGGUUGUCACUGGCUCAAAAUUUUAAAUUCCCAUGAGCUAACAGCAUGUGGGAAAACUUGCAGUGGUUCAUGUAGGUGGCCUGAUACUUGUUUGGGAUAGGCAAUAAUUUGCCAAGAGCAACCACAACUCAUUAACAAAUUUGAAACGUUACACAUUACUGUCCACAUCCUAAACUGUGAUACACGCUUGGUAGGGCUAUUUGAAGUGUGACAACAAAACAGACUGUUGCAAGAACGAACCCUUCUCUGGAACCUGGCUUAGAGUAUGGCUCAGUUUGUGAAUUCGUUAACCUCUGAGUGAGAAGACUGUUACAUUGAGCCAGAUUCAUACACCUGACCUCAUUACAGUGUCCCUGCAUCUGUUAAGCUAAAGCCUGUGCCCCUCUGUUCAGGUGAACAUCAAGGCCCUAUCGGAGGAAGAUGUGGCAUCUGGGAGAAACAGAUUUAUGGGACCUUGUACAGAAAUUAUUAGAAACUAAAAAUAAAUCCAAAGGGCAAAUGAACUGUUUUUGUCCACAUCAAGAGAGCUGGAAUACAAAAAAAUGAAGUUAGUCUGCCUAUCCGCCUUUACUUAUUUCCAGGACCUCCAUUGGUUUGGCUCAUUUAUAUGGGCAAGUGCUGCAGGGGUUUGCCUUUGUCUUCUGCAGGAUGGUAGACCAGGAGGCAUUCUCACUCUUACCACUGAUUAUAAGACUUAUGGAAUGAUUCACUGCCUUAUAACCUAUUUAGCCACAAUAUGUAGGUGAUGGCAUUAGGCAAGCAAAUUCAGGCACAGGACUUGAACAUAACGGACCUCUUGAGAGUCAGUAUAAUUUUAUGCCUCACUGGUUAGGCACCAUUUGGAGAAACGCAUUCAGUUCAGAGCUCUGUAUUUGAGUGAAGACAUCCUGACGUCGGAGGAAUAGAGUUCAGACUCCCAAAAAGGAUACUGGAGUUUAAAUGGAUUUCAUGGACAAGAUCAUGUGAAUCAAUUUCUGCUCCUGUGGUGAAUCCAGAACAAGGGGAUGCAAUCAGAAUGUUUGAGUUUGGUAGUUUUGGUGAGAUACUAGGAAACAGUUCUUCACAAAGGGAAGUGGCAAACUGGAACUCUUCCUCACCCAGAAAAUACCGGAGGAUGAGGAUCAAUUGAAAUGUUUAAGAACUGAUAAUGAUGGACAUUUGUUAGGAAAGGGUAUUAAAAAAUGCAAAUCAAAGAGAGCAAUAGAAAUUAGCAUAGCUCUCAGCCUCAAAAUAGCAGACUGGCAGUACAGACUUGAGGGGUUGGAUGACUCAUUCCUGUUCCAGUGAAUUCUUUUGGUGUCAUGGCCGUCCAUCUCUAUUUGCCAUCAAUACUAAAACAGGCCAGUCAUCUCAUUUCCGGGUUGUGGGAUUUUGUUAUGUGCAGUGGGAUGUUUGCUUCGCAAAUGUCUAAAGCAACAACUAUACCCAUUGUGAAGUGCUUUUGACUUUGCGAGAUCAUGCUGUGUGGAUGCAAGAUUUUUUUUCUUCCUACUUGCUUUCUGGUAGGUCCUACUAUGCCUUUUGGCAGCUGUCACAUUAGCCUGCAGAAUAAUAGUUACCAGACUCUGAAAAUAAUUCAUUGUUCAAGAAGUCUUGAAAUGUGAUGAGUUGUUGUGUAAAAAGAUCAGAGAUAAUGGGGACUGCAGAUGCUGGAGAAUCCAAGAUAACAAAGUGUGAAGCUGGAUGAACACAGCAGGCCAAGCAGCAUCUCAGGAGCACAAAAGCUGACGUUUCGGGCCUAGACCCUUCUUCAGAGAGGGGGAUAGGGAGAGGGUUCUGAAGUAAAUAGGGAGAAAGGGGA